AUGUCCAAACCAGCCUUCGCAGUCCCGCUUCCUCAAUCCUCCCGGUCCGAUGUUCUUGAGUGGCGAUUCCCGAAGCCAUAUAGCAACUAUGUCCUGACGGGCAAAUCUCGUGCAGCAUGGCAUACGUCCUUCAUAAUCCCCCAGCUCAAUCUCCUCCUUGACGCCGGCCUCUGUGUCAACAAGAUGCGGCCCAAACAUAUCUUCCUCACCCACGGACACAGCGACCACACUCUCCUGUCGCCCGCAUUUGUCAAGCGCGAGGACCCGCCAGAUAUUUUCUGCCCUGCCGAUAUGGCCAGCGUCUUUGAUAAUUUCAUUCUCGCCAAUACCAUGCUUAAUCUUGGAGGAUUGGUACAGCUUGAAGAUGCUCCCCAAUCCGGCUCCGAGGCGGAAAGCAGCGUUGAUAUCAACAUGCCCCAGAAAAAUGGGUGGCUCAAUACGCACAUCACUCAUGGCGUUCGUCACGGUGAUGUUGUCCCCCUAAGACGCAUCAAGAACAUGACAGCCACUGUGUUUGACUGCGACCACACAGUUCCAUGUGUUGGUUAUGUUUUCAGCAUUACUUCCAAUCGAUUGAAGCCAGAGUAUCGAUCUCUCAAAGGACCAGAAAUCAAAGCCCUCCGUCAAUCAGGCAUAGAAAUCACCAACGAGCAAUCCACCCCCAUAUUUGCCUUUCUGGGAGAUACCACGGCCGCAACCCUGGCUGCCGAGCCGGAAUGGCUGCGGAACGGCAUUCCAGUGGUCAUCACCGAGUGCAGUUUUCUAUACGAGGAGCACAGGGCGCAGGCCGACCGGACAAAGCAUACCAUAUGGAGUGAUUUGGAGAGGGUAGUUCGCAAAUGGCCCUCCACAACGUUUGUCAUUACGCACUUUAGCCUUAGAUAUAAUGGUGAGGAAGUCAAUCGCUUCUUUAGAGAGAUGGAUAAUCCUCCAUGUAAUAUUGUUGUCUGGGAGGAUGGA